AUAUAAAUGAGCCUCUAAUAAAUGUAGGUGCAUCAGAUGCUAGUGAAUUUUUACUAUAAUAUGAUUUGAACAAACUUACAUUAUGAAGCUAAAGAAAGCUAAGUCAGAUACCGAGGAAGUCAUUCCACCUCAAGCCGAAAUCAUUGAAGCCGAUCUCUACAAGAGAUCGUAUUUCGGUCCAGACAUACCAACAUUAGAGCUAGAAUGCUGGGAAGAAGAACUAUCAGAAGUCCAACUACAAGCAUACAAAAAUGCCGACGAUGAGUACAAAAGUAUCCAAAACAAACUGGACGAUAUAGUUAAGAGCACUGGCGGCCAGAUUGUUUACAACGGCGAUCAAUUCACCGCGUAUCAGUUGCUUGGAAAACAACCAGCAUUGAAAGACUUGGAGCGUCAAAGUGCGGACAUAAUAAGAUCUAGAUCACGUUCUAUGUCUAUCUCAAAGGACAGACCAACAACACGAAGAGGACGUCAGAAGAGGACUCGUGGUGAAGAAAAAUACCAUUCUCCUUCACCAGAAAAAACCAAAUCUCCUGAACCGAAACACAAGAAAAAGAAGAAAGAUAAAGAGAAGAACAAAGAAAAGGACAAGGAAAAAGAGAAAGAAAACACAAAGACUAAAGACAAGACACUUGCACCUUCCAAUGUACACAGUGUUGUGACAAAUGUUCGUCCAUCUGAGUCGACAGCUAUUGGUGGCCUGCUAACUGGCAACACUACUAAAACAACAGCGAUUGUAGACCUCACUAAAGAAGAGAGCAACAAACAUGUUGCUGAUUCACGUGAAGUUUCGUUCAAUAAAUUACAAGGUAAAACAUUCCCCUCAUUGGUGGUAGUGGCUAGGCCAUACCUACGUUCGAAGGACCAGUCCCCUCCUUCGGAUCGCGCGGCGCUAGACAGCAAGGUCAAAGCGGUCCUCAUGCACACCCCUAUGAAGUUCACCGAGUGGCUCAUACAGCAGGGACUCGUUAAGUUCGAACAGUGGUGCGCUGUCCAUCCCGGGAACAAACUGAAACUUGGAAUGUACUCCGAUGUGAUGAAGUUUCCAUAUUCUGGUGGCUACGUCUGGAUAUCGGAGUGCUGUCCCACACGUUUCGUGUCAGUGUACUGCAGCUCCAUAUUCGAAGGCGCGACCUUCCCUCCGAGCGUGCUGCUCAAGCUCAUCUACCACUGGGCUUGUCAGACGAACGUACAGAACGUCGUGCAGUGGGUCAAGGUCGAUAAUCUAUAUGUGAAAGGUCUCUUCACGUGGUUGAGAGCGGUUUGUACUUCAGCGAUACACCAGCACAUGAGCCUACUGGGCGGACCAGGGAAGAAAGUCGAAGUUGGAGUCAUUUCACUGGGCACUACGAGUCACGAUGGAACCCAGCGACAGGUCAAGGUCGAAGUUCUAGGAGUAUUGGAUCCUGUUGAGAAACUGAUUCGUCUGCGAGCUGUUGAACCAUUAGCAGAACACGAGAAGAAUUACAAGAAGCGCUUUCAGAAGAUCCUAGAGCCGCUGACUGGCUGGGUGCAUCUGACGUCCACAAUCCUCACCGACCUGACGGUGGACAGGGGCACCCUGGUGUCUAUGGGCUUCAAGAGCGUCCACCAGUCGUCAGCCCACUCCGACACCAGCACCAAGAACAGCAAUGCCAACAUCAUGGAGUAUUUGCGGCGCAUCGUGCCUAGAAUGUUUCAGAACACUCUGUCGUUACUCUCGAGACAGAUAAUACAGCAAUUCCUAGAUGAACUGGUUUGGAGAGAGAGGUACGGUGUCUCCCCGGGCCAGGCCUUCGACAACAUCGUGACCCACAUCUCCGAGCAGACCACCAUGGAGUGUAAAGACGUCAUCACAGUGCGCCUCAACAAGAUCGCGGCGAACCCCUUCAAGAACUGGAAGUAUCCCAGCAACAAGAAAAAAGAUAAAGACAAAGAUAAAGCCGAAGAAGCUCUUGCUGAUCAGGAAAUGGGUCGCGGCAAGCGCGGCCGCAAGAAGAAGGAGCCCUCGCCCGCUCCGCCGCCCAAGAGGAAGCGCAGGGAGAAGACCACCUACGUGGACGACGACGAGGAGGAAGAGAUACCUCUGGCGCAACGACGUGCUAAGAUAAAACAGGAACAGGACAAGACUAAAGAGAAGAAGGAGAAGGAGGAGACUCCCAGCAGGAGGAGCCGCAAGCAACCCAAGACGUACGUGGACGACGACCUGGAUGAUAUACCGCUGAAGAACAUCAAGAAGGAGAUCCAACCCGAGGAGACCGUGUCGAUGGAGAAGUAUUACUUCGGGAAGCUCGGCAGCGACGAGCCCGGGCCCAGGGUGGCUAUUGCAGUACAGUGCCCGGUCUGCCACGAGGAGUUCCACAACAAUAUAACCCUGAUGACCCACAUCUAUAGCCACGUGGUGGAGCCGCCGGCCGGGGCCUCGCCCUCGGCGCCGCAGUGCUGCUACUGCCUGGUGCGCUUCGCCACCGAACAAGAGCUGGACACGCACUUGAAGCACACGCACCCCUCCGAUACUAAGUCGCCGGAGCUCUUCACCUACGCCUGCUUGAUUUGUGAAACUCGUUUCGCGGCGGUGCUGACCCUGGCGUCGCACAUGCAGCGCUCGCACUGCCCGCUGGAGCUGCCGUACGCGUGCGCCCGCUGCCCGCACCGCACGUCCUCGCACCGCGCCGCCGCACUGCACUACCGCGCCGCGCACGCGCACGACCACACGCUGCUGUGCCCCUACUGCCUCACGACAAUAACGGUGUACGCGGACGGCUACGAACUGACGGCCAACUUGAAGUUAUUCAUGGAACAUUUGAAGCAGCAUCAAAAGAAGCUUGACGUCAAAUGCUCCCGGUGUGUGCUCAGAUUUUUAAAUCUUGGUCACCUAAAAGACCACCAAGUACGUCAUCACACCACCGUCCCUGAUGCUGUCCCGCUCUGCACUGAAGAACAUCUCAUCACCAAACCCAAGACCAAGGCUCGUCCGCCGGUGAAGGACUGCGCCAACCACAACAUCGUGGAGACGUACGAGCAGAUGACGCUGGUGCUGCCCGAGGGCAUGCUCUGCCGCGAGUGCGACGCGCCGCUCGACAGCAACAAACACUUCCUAGGCAAGACAACGUGCUCGAAGUGUUCGUUCUCGACGUCGUGCUACCGCGCGCAGCUGCAGCACGCGGCCGUGUGCGCCGGCCCGCACUGCCUGGAGGACGCGCCGCGCGCCGGCCCGCCCGCGCACUGCGUGUGCUCCUACCGCACCGCCGUCAGUACAGAUAUGCUGACACACUUGCUGGCGUGCGAACACAAAACCGCCUACAGUUCUGAGGAGGAAGCUCGUGCUAACAUCGUACGAGCCGAUGAACCCAAGCCCCCUGAAGAACCGCAGCCGCAGCCCCAGCCUCAACCGACACAGGAAACUCCUGUUGUAGAAAAUGUCCCCACUAUAGCCGAUUAUGCUCCACCAUCAGUGCUGAACACUCAGUUGUCCCUCGACGACUUGGCUCCGCCCUCUGUACUACAAACUGACCAGCAUGAUCAGGAAUUGUUGAAGGAUGCAUAUGAUCGACCCCUGGCUACCCCACGACACGAAGACCCUCAUUACAGUCUUGGAGAUUUUGAACCUCUUCCACAGGAACCACCCCCACAACCAGACUUUGAGCAAUUAUAAAAUGUUUAUUUAAGGUGUAGAAAAUAAUUCUCAUAUUAUGAUAUACUUUGCAUAAUUUAAUUUAAGCAAAAAUAUAUAUUUACAGCUUUUCUAAUUUAGAUCUAAAUUCCAUGAAAACACAUUGUGAACAAUUCAACCAUAUAUAAAACUUUAAAGGGUUUUUUUUCAUUUUGCUUGCAAUUUUACUGUAUGGCUAUAAGCUUUGUUGGGUCUAAGACGUGGACUUACGUGUCACGAAACCUUUUUCUUAUCAUAAAAAAAAUUAAGUUAAUAAAGCGAUUGGAAUAUA